AUGUUGACCAACCAUAUGAAAAUUCUGUUAUUUUGUGUAAUUAGUAUAUCUAAGGGCCCCCAUUAUACUAAAGCGGAAAUAAAGUCAAUUUUUCCCACGCAAUCGGAACAAGUGAAUCUUAUUCACAACGUGUACGAUAUCGCAGAACAAAUUAAACAGUCGGCAAAAAUCGAACAGAAUGCUAUGGACGAAUCCAUGGAAGAUGAUAUUGAAUUCAUAAUGAAGAAGUCUCAAUAUUUGAUAAGUACUCUGGAAGAAUUAACUUUGUUAAAAUCGUCCUCAAGAAGUAAUUCAGUUUGCAACUUUGAUGCCCAGGAAAAACUUAAAACAAUCACGAAAAAAACCUACAGAGGGAUUGAGGAUUGUGAGAAAACAAUUCAUGAUGGUCUAGCUGCAAACUCUUUAGUCCUAACGUCGACCAUUGAAUCAGCAAUAAAAUCCGGAGAAGAUUUCCUGGAGAAACUAAAUAGGUGCAGCGAUAAACGUGGUCUAGGCCUUAUAGCAUGCUACAAGAAAAUCAUCGACAACGAUGUGAUCCCAGCAAAAGCCGUAAUUUCCGCUGCCAUUGAAAACCAUCGAAAUUGCUUAAUUAAAUCGUAUGGAUUGAAAUCGGAUUUCAAUCAUUGUAUCGAGAGGACUGUUGAAUUUCAUAGAACCCAAAUGGACUUGGAAUUAGAAGCUGGAAUACAUUGUUAACAGGUGUAAUCAUUUAUUUGACACACUUUUAAAAUGUCACACACACUGAAUCGAAGUUCCCAAAACAAAAGUUCA